CAAUGUUUGGAACUGGGAUGAGCCGUGCGUGAGCGGCCAGAAUGCUGAUAGUGAUAAGUUAGCCGAUAAGCUAUAAUGAAACCUAAAUUACUCAGUAAUCACUAUUGCAAGUUUCGAAUUGUUAAAUCGUCUCUCCAUAGCACGAAAAGGAUCAGAAUAACCAAAUUCUUGAUAGACUAGUUGUAAAAAGAAAACAUGAUCGAGCUCGCAGCGAAAUUAACCACCGGAACAGUUUAUUUGGCAGGAGAAGCCUUAGAAUGCUGUAUAUCAUUUUGUUACACUGCCCAACCUGAACACAGAAACUCCCAAAGCCACAGCGAUACUUUGGAGAAUUUAGCAUGGGCUUCAGCACAAAUACACUGCUUCUAUUCAACAUCAGGAAAUGCUGGUGACAAAACACCGACAGUGGGUAAAACUACAUCAUUGGAAGUCACUGCAUCUGAUAUUGGUGCUGUUGUGUUCCAUACUAAACCUAAGAUUCUGUUUUGUGAUCUUACAAUACCAUUAGGAGAGACAAAAACAUUUUGGUACAGAGAAUCCCUGCCGAUAGAAGCUCCACCAUCAUAUAGAGGCACAUCAGUAAAAUACUCAUACAAAAUCACAAUAGCAACACAAAAAGUUAAUUCACACAUCAAAAUGGUCAGGAUUCCGUUCAGAGUGUUGCCCAUUAGUACAAUUAUAAACAUGCAGGACUUGGCAGCACUGUGUGGCAAUGAGACAACAGAAGAACUGCAACCAACAAAUCCAUUUUCUGAAGAAAGGAAAGUUGAAACACCUUUGACAAUGGCUUUACAAGUUUUACAAAACCUUACAGCCAGAAGAAGUCCAAAUUCCUACAUGAUAACAAACACUAGAGGGAAAGUGGGUAGAUUUUGUUUGUUUAAAUCUGCAUAUAAGUUGGGGGAAGAUAUUGUUGGUACAUUUGAUUUCUCUGUUGGAACUGUUACAUGUAUGCAGGUGUCGGUUUCACUCCAGCCAGAGGAAUUGGUAAAAUCAAAAUCACCUUCAAAGAAUGCUAAUAAAGAAGUGAGCAGCAGAUCAAUGACAGUGGCGCGUUUUCACGAAGUUACAUUAGGACUCUCUCACUCACAAUUAAUACUGCCCAUACCAUUACAUAUUACUCCUGCAUUUGAGGUUGAUGAUGUGUCACUACAAUGGCGUCUACAUUUCGAAUUUGUGACAACAAAUGAGAAAUUACUACCCAAUCAUGAGGAAAAAGAUUGGAAUGCACCAUUAAAUGUGUCCAUUGAAACCAUGGUUUGGAAUUUACCUGUGAAAAUAUAUUCAACUUUACCUAAACAAAUAACUCAGCAUGCGGGCAAUGAUGCUUACACAAUGUUUAUAAAAUAAGCAUAGACAAAUUUGUAUCUGUAUAUAAGGAAAAUUAUGUAUUAAGGACAAUGAAUAUUAUACUAAUAAUAAUGCAAUAAAAUUAUUUAUUAAUACA